AGCUCCUCAUUUUAAUAGUCCUUUCCCAACUUCCAGAAGUUUCCUUUCAGCGGUAUAAAAUUGGCUUGACGGAUUUGACUACGUGGAUGCCGACGUGUGGGAACGACGGACGAAAGUGUAAAGUUUUCUAUAAGUCAAAGCUGCUGACGUGGCAGCUUAAGAUCCCUAGAUUGGUUUAGCAAGCCUGUAAUUACACGACCUCGGAUAUUUUGAAAGGAGCUAAUCUCAACUCAGCCUCAGUGGUCAGGCAUUAAAGGGAAGUGUGCUUUGUUGAUCUUUUCUGAAACCAUGUGGUUGAGAAGCCUGGUGGCUCUGUGCGUGCUGCUCAGUGCUACAGCAGACAAGAAGCUCAGUAACCAUGCCACCAUCCUGGCUGACAGCAGCACCAAUCUGGCCUUCAACCUGUACCACAACAUGGCCAAGGAUAAGGACACAGAAAACAUUCUUAUCUCCCCUGUGGUAGUCGCGUCCUCCCUAGGCCUGGUAGCUCUGGGGGGGAAGUCCUCCACCGCCUCCCAGGUGACCACGGUGCUCAGUGGCAACAAAGUAAAGGCUGAGAACCUCCACGCGGGCCUGGCUGAGCUCCUGACUGAGGUGAGCAACUCCACUGCCCGUAACGUCACCUGGAAGAUCAGCAACCGCCUGUAUGGCCCCAGCUCUGUCAACUUUGCAGAGGACUUUGUGAAGAACAGCAAGAAGCAUUACAAUUACGAGCACGCCAAGAUCAACUUCCGGGACAAGCGGAGUGCCGUCAGCGCCAUCAACGAGUGGGCUUCUAAGUCUACGAAUGGCAAAUUGCCAGAGGUCACCAAGGAUGUGGAGAAGACAGAUGGAGCCAUGAUAAUAAAUGCCAUGUUCUACAAACCUCACUGGGAUGAACAGUUUCAUCACAAGAUGGUCGACAACCGUGGGUUCUUGGUGCAUCGCUCAAACACAAUAUCAGUACCCAUGAUGCACCGCACAGGCCUGUAUGGUUUUUAUGAGGACACUGCCAACAAGCUGUUUGUGCUGGAGAUGGCACUGGCUCAUAAGAUGUCCUCUGUGGUGCUCAUCAUGCCAUACCAUGUUGAGUCGCUAGAGAGGCUGGAGAAGUUGCUGACCCGCAAACAGCUGGACCACUGGCUGGCCAAGGUGGAGCAGAGGGCCGUCGCAAUCUCUCUGCCGAAGGUCAGCAUGGAGGUUAGCCACGACCUGCAGAAACACCUCAGCAAGCUUGGUAUGACAGAAGCAGUGGACAAAGCCAAGGCUGACCUGUCCAGCAUCUCAGGAAAGAAAGACCUCUACUUGUCCAAUGUGUUCCACGCCUCUGCCAUGGAGUGGGGCACGGAGGGAAACCCCCCGGACACCAGCAUCUUCGGCACAGACAAGCUGAAAGAUCCCAAACUCUUCUAUGCUGACCAUCCGUUCAUCUUUCUGGUGAAAGACAAGAAAACCGGCUCCAUUCUCUUCAUUGGCAGGCUAGUCCGGCCAAAGGGCGACAUAAUGAGAGAUGAAUUAUAAGUUUCAGCCAUGCUGUAACUUAGGUGUGUUUUAGGUUGAAGGUCUGUGUGUGUGUGUGUGUGUGUGUGUGUGUGUAUGUGUGUGUGUGUGUGAGACAAACAAAAUAAGACAGAAUGUUAAUUUUUGACUGAAACACACAAGGAGUAAGCGAGUGAAUAGGUCUGCCUGAUACCUCAAGAGGACAUUCCAGAAGAUCUGUGGACCUCCUCUAGGUGCAUUGUCCUGUCUCAAACACAUAUACGGUGUCUAAGAAAUGAUGCACAGUGGUACACCUCUAUUCAGAUAAAGCAGUACAACUCAGCUGAAAGUGUUCAUUCAAGUUAUGUGACUCUCACUCACUCACACAAGGUUUACCUGAGAGUCCCAGGCAGAUUAUGAGAAGGAUCGCAUGCUUACAUUAAGUAUGAUCGCUGACAUUUUGGCCAUACAUUGACAGCAUUCUUCUCAGGUUAUUUUUAUUUUUGUAAUUUCUCUGAAUGGCCUCGCUGAGUUAUCAACACUUUAUGUCAAAUACUUGGUAUGUGAAAUUUGUGUGGAUCUUUAAUGUUUAAGGAUUUGAGCACAAGUGUUUUGCAUAGUGUACAUGGUUUAAAAGCUCCAAAUAUGCCACAUAGAGAACAUUCCUCUCUAGCAUUAAAUGCAUACUUGUGUCUUGCCUGGUUCCAUUCCGCACUGAAAUAACCUACAUGACAACCUAUGAGAAAAAGGCAAUGAACUACGGGAACUGUCCUCAUACUGAAUUUGUGGAACUCUGUUUCCCAUGUUACUAAGUUAUGUUCAGACCUAAAUUUUGAUGAAAGAUGAAAACUUGCCUCUUUUUUCCAAUAAAACCAGCACCACUGAAAAUCCUGAGGA